GUGAAUGUGCACAGCAAAGACAGAGGAAAUUUGGAGAUGUAAUGAUGUACCACAAACAAACAGAGGAACAGUAACUGUACUGUGGACUAACAACAGCUCAUCUUAGCACUCAAUUGUAGCACUGCUAUUAUUGCAAUCUUCAGGAGAGGCUUCAAUACCCCUGCAACAGAGUGGACGACACCAAGCAAUUUCCAAUUUGCAGUAACACGUUUAUUGGCUUGAUUCUCCUUCAAACAUACUCACCUCACCACACCCUGAAAGUGCCAGGUGCAACUUCACUUCCACUUCUGGUUUAUGAGUCGUUGUGGAUGAAGACAAGGGAUUAUGGACUCUCUUCUGUGAAGAAACAUUACUGUCAGGUGAGACCUAAGUUUCAGUUUUCCUGCCACUUUGCUGAGACAGCUUAUUAUUAACUGGCCCCAUGUAAGCACAGACCUCUCCAAGUGCUACUUCAGCAUAUAAACACAUUUCCCGUCUCAACAGAGGUUAACAGGACAGCUUUGUUGCUACUGAGGAAGGCUGAAUUCAGGAAUUAAACACGUUUUGGAAUGAAGAGGCUGGAAAUUUAUCCUGAAACCUGUUGAAGUCAACCCCAGCUGGAAAGAGACAACAUCUGUUUUAAACAGCCCUUCAUCCAUCCCAUCAUUCAUCCAUCAUGGCAGAGCCGUCCCCAGGCUGGUGGAAGCUAACUUUCCUCAGGAGAAAAAAAUCCCAGCCCAAGGUUCUGUAUGAAAUCCCAGCAGAGUUUGUUUCCAACGCCGCCACUGUCCAGCACGGGUCCGGCACUGCCACCGGAGCCGCCGCCCACCCAGAAGACAUGGUGCACAACUCUCAGCUGGACGCCCGGCUGGAGAGGAUCGUGGACAAAACGACGGCCAGCAAGGGGCGCCAUGUUAAGGUGUCUCACUCUGGGAGGUUUAAGGAGAAGAAGAGAGUGCGAGCCACUCUGGCAGAGAACCCAGAGAUGUUUCCAGGAGGUGACCCCACGAGGGAUGAGAACCAGAGGGCUGGGAAGUGACAAAAAAA